AUUUUUGCCGAGAAUAGCUUCCCAGUUUCAAAUCAUUGCUCACUCACCAUGAUGUAAUCAUGUUCGAGUUUCUCGAUUAAUUAGAUUUCCAUAUAUUGAUGAUUUUUUUCCAUAACAAUACAAAGUCGCUAUCUUGCAGUACUUUGAUUAUAGAUAGCUAAUUUCGGCAUAUUAUCUACAAGAAAUGAUCAUUUUGGGUGUUAAUAAUCUCAUUUAGCCCAGCCUGAGUCCGUAGGAUUUAACAUUUGAAGUUUCGCAUGAUCAGCUUGUUACCGGAGGAAUGCUGGUUUGAGACGCAUCUGCCAACUUAAGGAUAGUUUUUGUGGGUCCAUCUUUUACUUUUUUUUUAGACUAAUCAAGUUUAUAUAAACCAUUCAACCCAAAAAUAAAAAAAAUAAAAAAGGGGUUAUUUAGUGGGCCUGAUUCCUCCCAACACAAGUCUUUGAAAUUUGAUACCCACAAUAUAGAAAUUAAAAAAAAAAGGGAGAGAGAGACCUGCUUUUGAGCGUAAUCUUAUUCAUAUACAACCACAAUCCUUUGGUAAAUCUCAUUGCUGGCCUGCACAUAUGAGAGGAAUUCAAGACUGUACAUGCAGUGGAAGCCAUGCAGUUCUUUUAAGGACCCCUUUUCCCCCAUGCAAUUUGCACCAGUUCUUCAAGCAUCUUCUUUCCAUCAAGAGUUCUUCAGGACUGUUGCGAUGCGGGAAAAGUUGUCGACUGAGGUGGAUUAACUACCUGCGGCCAGACGUGAAGCGAGGGAAUUUCACGAAAGAGGAAGAGGACACUAUCGUUCAAUUACACCACUUGCUGGGAAACAAAUGGUCUAAAAUUGCAUCACAUUUGCCUGGAAGGACUGACAAUGAGAUCAAGAAUGUGUGGAACACUCAUUUGAAGAAGCGUUUGGCCGGUAAGGGCCUUGACCGGUCGAAGCACGAAUCCUCCAUUAGCUCCUCGUCCUCGUCUUCCUCUGCGUCUUCGCUCGUGUCCCAUGCCUGCGUUGACAGGAAUGCGCCGGUGGACCUCGAACACUCAAUGGGUCAAGGUCCUCUGGAUGUGAAAUCUUGUGGUCAGGAUGGCGUGGUGCCGCCGCCACUCCCCGAUGACGCUCAAGAAGUCCAAGAGAAAUUAGCCCAACGCAUGCCCGAUAACAAGGACUCCAAAGAUCAGUCGUUCACCUUUUCCGGCUCCAAUGAACCGGCUUGUCUGAAGGACUCUGUUCGAGUGGAUAGUCCGAUCGCGGAAGAGCAGAUGGAUUCGUUCUUCAGCUUCAACAGCCCUUACGAUGCGCGAGGCGCAUUGGAGCUGGAAGAAGUGAACAAACCAGAUAAUAACAAUAACGAGUUGGGCAACUUCACAAUAGACAUCCCGUUCGAGUGCGAUGACGAAUUUUGGAACAUGUUGGAUAGCUUGGAACCGUGCUCGGUCCACAAAGCUGACGCCGGACAGGACGGCCCGAGGCCCGGAGAAGGGGUUUCUGCAGAGGACGAGAACCUGAGCUGGCUGCAGUACCUGGAGAACGAGCUCGGGCUCGAGGCGACAAAGGAAAGAGGAGACCAAGAAAAUUCAAGAACCAGCUCCGUCACCACAAGUCCGUCAGACGUAGCGGUGCCGAUGAAGGCAUGUUGUCAAGGUUAGGAGUAGAAUUUGGAAGCAGCCGCAAAAGCGUCGCUUUUGAUGUCAAGAAUUGACCCCGGUUAAAUCCGCAAGCUAGGACACACGGUGUUUAGAUCCGUGUCCUUUUCAAAAGUAGGUAGAGGGUGGCGAGGUCAAGAAUUUGACAAAACGCUAUCUACUCUGCUGUUCAAUUUCAAAUGUGAAAAAACUGAGUUACGUGCGCCUCUGUAGCAUGUCAUCGAGUCUGAUUUGCUGUUCAA